UGAAGCUGCCUCCGGCCGAGCCCUCCCCACACGUGUGGGUCCCUCCCAAGGUCCUGGACAAGCUGGGAUUUGAUGAGGUGUUCCUGAUCAACCUGCGCCGCCGUUCCUGGCGCCGGGCGCGGAUGCUGCGGACGCUGCACGAGCUGGGGGUGAGCCCCAAACUGGUGGAGGCCGUGGACGGACGGGCGCUGAACCGCAGCCAGGUGGAGGCGCUGGGGGUGCGGAUGCUGCCGGGCUACCGGGACCCCUUCCACGGGCGGGCGCUGACCCACGGCGAGGUGGGCUGCUUCCUGAGCCACCACCGCGUCUGGCAGGAGAUCUCGGCGCGGGGCCUGCAGCGCUCGCUGGUGUUCGAGGACGAUCUGCGCUUCGAGGUUUUCUUCCGCAGCCGCCUGGCGGAGCUGAUGGAGCAGCUGGAGCAGGCGGCCAUCGAGUGGGACCUCAUCUACCUGGGCCGGAAGCGGCUGGAGCCCGAGCGCUCGGAGGGCGCCGUGCCGGGCGUGCGGCAGCUGCUGCGCCCGGGCUACUCCUACUGGAGCCUGGGCUACGCGCUGUCCCUGCGCGGCGCCCGCAAGCUGCUGGCGGCCGAGCCCCUGGGCAAGAUGAUCCCCGUGGACGAGUUCCUGCCCCUCAUGUUCGACCGGCACCCCAGCCCCGAGUAUUCCCGGCACUUUUCCCGCCGGGACCUGGUGGCGUUUUCGGCGGAGCCGCUGCUGCUUUUCCCCACGCACUACACGGGGGAGCCCGGCUACGUCAGCGACACCGAGAGCCCCCCGGAGAAACCCCAAAUUCCAGAGGGUGAGGAGGAAUUCCCGAGGGAAUCCCGGAAUUCCCAACUCCCGCAGAAACCCCAAAUCUGGGAUGAGGAUGAGGAGGAAUUCCCGUGGGAAUCUCAGAAUUCCCAACCCCGGCACGACAGCGACGCCCGCGACGAGCUCUGACCCCAAAAUCCCCAAAAUUUGGGAUUUUUGGGGAAGAAUUCCUGUGGGAAUCCCGGAAUUCCCAACCCUGGCAGGACAUCAGGAGCCCCCCAAAAUAUCCCCAAAAUUUGGGAUUUUUGGGGAAGAAUUCCCACAGGAAUCCCAGA